AUGGUUAAAGAAGAGAAGUUCGUCCAGGAGGAAGAUGUCAACUAUGGAAGUCCAGCCACUGAGCGCCGCAUGUCUGCGUCGGGACGUCGCAUUUCUACUGUUGAUGCUGUCUUUGGAGAGAUCGUCGAAGGUGGCCCAGAUUAUCGCAGUGUCGGAUGGAUCGGAACAGUUGCGCUCAUGAUGAAGACACAGAUAGGCCUUGGUGUGCUUUCAAUCCCGGCUGUCCUUGACACGUUGGGCAUGAUACCAGGCCUGAUCUGCCUGAUCAUAAUCGCCAUCAUCACGACAUGGUCGGAUUAUAUCGUGGGAACUUUCAAGCUCCGCCAUCGCUCAGUUUACAGCAUCGAUGAUGUCGGCUAUCUGCUUUUUGGUCGCGUUGGACGUGAGGUCUUUGGCGCAGUUUUCGUCCUAUUCUGGAUCUUCGUUGCGGGUGCUGGUAUGUUGGGUAUCUCGAUCGGGCUGAAUGCUGUUUCAACACACGGAGCGUGUACUGCCAUUUUCGUUGCUAUCGCAGCCAUUGUCGGGUUUGGCCUAUCCAGCAUCCAAACCCUAGGAAAAAUUUCAUGGCUUGCCUGGAUUGGCCUGAUCUGUAUCUUAGUCGCUAUCUUCACCUGCACAAUUGCUGUAGGCAUUCAGGAUCGUCCAGCCGAAGCACCCACGACCGGAGUCUUCAUCUCAGAUUACAAACUUUUCCGCAAUCCAACCAUUACCGAUGCUCUUUCAGCUUGCUCUUCUCUAGUGUUCGCAUUUGCUGGAACACCAGCAUUCUUCUCGAUCGUAUCCGAGAUGCGAGAACCUCGACACUAUACCCGAUCACUCAUCAUCUGCCAAAGCGGCGUCACCAUCACAUACAUCGUGAUCGGCGUGGUGGUCUACUACUACGCCGGGUCGUUCGUGUCUUCACCUGCGCUAGGUUCAGCCGGUGUACUUAUUAAAAAGGUCUGCUACGGCUUCGCGCUUCCUGGCCUGAUCGUCACAACCACACUCGUCAUCCACUUGCCAGCCAAGUACAUUUUCGUGCGAUCCUUAAGAGGCAGCAGCCAUCUCACUGAAAAUACAUUCAAACACUGGGCAACAUGGCUAGGCUGCACAUUCAGCAUCGCAGUCAUCGCCUACCUGAUUGCGAGCUCCAUCCCCGUCUUCGGUGGUCUCGUCUCGCUCAUCGGUGCUUUACUCGGAACACUCAUGUCCUUCCAGCCCAUGGGCGCUAUGUGGUUGUACGACUUUUACGGCGAGUGGAAGGCGAAGAGAACGCCUUAUUUGACUUUUAUGGUCUGCUGGAGCAUUUUCGUCAUUGUUUCGGGCACGUUCUUGAUGAUCGGAGGUACAUACGGCUCGAUCGUUGGAAUUAUCAACUCGUACAACGAGUCAGGUGGUUCGGCUGCAUUCUCAUGCGCCGACAAUUCCAAUUCGGUAGCAGCAUAA